CGACCCUCCCUGUCGCUGCACCCCAGCCAGGGGGUGUCCCUGGGGGACAGUGUCACCCUGCGCUGCCACCUGCCCCAGCCAGCUGCCUGGGUCUGGCUGUUCCAGGAUGGACAUUUGAGAUCCUACAGGAACAUGGACAAGAGGCAGGACAUGGCUGAGUUCUUCUUGGUUCACUUAAAGCAGGAAGAUGCAGUGCAGUAUUGGUGUCGGUACGAUACAGUUGCGCCAUGGGGAACAUCAAAUAAGAGUGAUCCCGUACAGCUGGUGUACGGUGAGGGCACUGGGGAAAGCAGAUGGGCCUGGGCUGUCCCCGCAAGGUGGUGUCCUAUCGCAGUAUCCUCUGUGAACUCAGAUUCAAGUUAUCCCCCACCUGCCAUUUCCCUGAAACCUGAGGAAUGUGUGGAUGUGGGGAUGAAUGUCACCAUCCAGUGCUGGAACCAGGAACAUGGGGGAACCAUCUUCCUGCACAAGGAUGGGCACUCAGCCCCUAUCCAGCACCAGGACCCCGAUGAUGGGGGCACUGCCACCUUCACCCUCUUCGGGGUGAACACAGAUGACUCCGGCACCUAUAGGCGCUCCUACCGCAUCGGGGGCUCCUACCUUCUGUUCUCACCCCUUGGGGAUAAUGUGACCCUGGAAGUGAUUCCCAGACCUGCACCCCCAGGUGACGGUGGGGGUCCCAGCAGGAACCUGGUGGCAGCAGUGGCGGGGGGCUGUGCUGCUGCCAUUGUCAUCAUCAUCGUCCUCACUGUCUCUUUCCUCCUUGUUGCUCAGAGAAGACGAAUGCAGACAGAUGAGAGGCCUGGUACCACCCCCCGAAGCCCUGAGGCUGUGCAGAUCCAGGUGUCCCCCGGCGACAGCGAGGGUCUGACCUACGCCCAGCUGCAAGUUGUGACCUCCAGCACCCACCCCCCCGCCUCUUCUACCACCCCUGAACCCCCCAUUAUCUACGCCGAGGUGGGCACGCGGGGACCCCGCUGAUGCCCCCAGAUGUGUACGCAAACACGGGUGUGUUGUGUGCACACAUGGACUUCAAAGGUGCACAGUGCCAGUGUGCUCGGUGUGCUCACCAUCACGUGUGAAUUACAGCCAUGUACCUGUGCGUGUGAACACGUGGAUGUGUAUUAAACGGGUGUGCACCAUCCCGUGUGCAUAUCAGGUGUACAAACACACGUGUGGGACACGCUGAACUCUGUGCUUCUGUGUGUGUCUGUGCGAUGCCGUAUGUGUGCACCACCAGCUGUACACACUGCUGCUCAUGUGUGUCCUUAGCAUGUGCUCCCAGGGUCUGCACUACAUGUGAGCCUCCACAGCACAUGCAUGUCAUCAACACGUGCCCUGUGCCUGCACCACAUCUGUCCCCACAGCACACGCGUGUCCUUUCCGUGUGCAUCUCCAUCUCCACAAGCCAAAACAGCCCCUAUCCCACAGUGGUUUUGGCGCAUCUCCAUCUCCACAAGCCAAACCAGCCCCCAUCCCACAGUGGUUUUGGGGCAGGAUUUGUGGUGAGGAGGGAAAAUGCCUUUGGGUGACGGCUGGGAACAGGACAGAGGGGUUGUGGGGUUUUCCAGAAAGUGGGGGAGAAGAGGAAGUUUGUGUGUGGGAGGGCUGUGUGUGGGAGCAGCAGUGAGGGGAAGGGCAGGAGAGCUGACUUCCCCCUUUUGGUGGUGGAAGGGGAAAUGCUGGAGAGUUUGUGAGCUCGAUGGAGAUUAUGGAGUCCAGAUGGAGGAUUGUGGGGAGCUGGAUGGAGACCUGUGGGGCCACAGGGAGAUCUGGCAGCUGCAUGAAGGAUCUGCAGUCUUCUCAAUGGAGGUUUGUGGCUGGAUAGAAAUGUUGGGUUGGUUGGAGGCUUUGGGUCUGAGUGGAGGAUUUUGGGGUGGAUGGAGGUUUUGGUGUAGAUGGGGUAUUACGGUAUGAAUGAUGGAUUUGGUGGCUGAAUGGAGUCUUGGUGGCCUGGAUGUAGAGAUUGUGUCUGGCUGUACAGAUCAGAGGUUGGUGUCGAUUCAGGGGCAAGAUGGAGUUUUCAGAGCGGACAGUGAUUUUGGGGGAUGAGUGACAUUUAUAUGGCUGGAUGGUGGAUGUGUGGACUGAAUGGAGUUUUUUUGGGGUGGAUGAUGAUUUUUGGGGAUGAAGGUCCUGGAGUUCAUUGAGGUUUUGGAGGGCUGUGUGUGGAGGGUGGUGUGGGGUGUGAAUGUUGGGACUGCAUGAAGGAUUAGGGGUGGCUGGAUGGAGAUGGUGGGGCUGGAUGCAGAGUUUGGUCUGAGAUGGAAUGGGUGGAGAUCACUGGGAUGAGUGGAAGUUUUGGGGUCAGAACGGAGAUGCUGUAGGUCGAUUGCAGGAUUUUAGGGUCUGGUUAAGGAUUUUGGGGGUGAGUGGAGGUAUUGGUAUUGGAAGGACAGAUAGAUAUUAGGAAACAUAGUUCAGGUGUGUGGGUGGAUAGGAGGGCCAUCAGGUGGGGAGAUAGAGAGAUCAACAGGCAGAAGGUGGCUUGAAUUUGUUGUGUCCAUACUGGAUCAGGAGGUGCAGCCCCAGGAGCUGGAGAUCCAGCAGGCCGAUGGAUGGAUGGAUGGCUGGCUGGAUGGCUGGACGGACGGAUGGAUGAAUGAGCAACAGAGUGAUGGAAAGCAGCCCACACAGCUGGGAAUCUGUCCUCAAGGACAGGGAGAGGAGCAGAGCUGUCAGAUGUGUAAGGCCGCUUUGCUCAGGGCACGAGAACUCUCCAUCCCCAGUGCAGGCAGUCCGGAAAGGAAGGCUAGAGAGCGGCAUGGCUGAAGCGGGACCUGCUGGUCAAAGUGGAGAGCAAGAAGCAGAUGCACAGGCAGUGUCAGCAGGGCCAGGGAGGCUGGCAGGAGGGUGGUGCUGGUGCUGGUCUGUGUGGGGCUGGGGGCAGGAAGGCCAAGGCCCAGCUGGAACUGGACGUGGUGAGGGGUGCAAAGAAGAACGAGGAAGGCUUCGACAGGGCUGUCAACCUAAAAAGGAAAGCCCAGGAGGGCGAACACAACAGUGAACAAUGCAAGCAGGCUGGAAACAACAGACAAGGAGAAGGCUGACUCCUUCAUGGGGUUUAUGGGUUCCGCACACAGCCUCUGUGUGUCAGUAGAUUCAAUCAGACUCAAAAAUGCUGUCUCACAUUCUGAGAGCAAGGCAAGGUCCAUCCCUUGUUCCCGUCCUUCUAAUUCAGGCGGCAGAAUCAUUUCCUGAUCUGAUGGGUCUGGCAGCACCACACACCCUCACUGAGUGCUAUUCCAUUCAGCAGUGAAUUGGCUCUGCAGGGCUGCCAAUGGCUCCUGCCAGGAUUUCAGCCUUCCAUCAGCAGUGUGUUGAAUGACAGCCUCUCCUUCUGGGCUGUCAGCAGCGCUGCUCCCAACACAGCACACACUGUGUGGUUCUGAUCCUUAGCCAUUCCCAUUGGGGAGGGGCUCACAGAGCCCUUUUCAGCUCCUCAGGAACAGGGGAGCAGCCCAGCACCGGCAUUUCCCAGGCAGCCAUGGCUUGUCCCUGCUCGGACCUGUCCCAGCAUGGAGCCUUCCUGGGGGAGAGCUGUGUCAUGGUAUUGCAUCUUUGCUAUUGGUAUUCCACAUCAUAACAUCAUGGACAAAAGAGAAGAACUACGUAUCCCAGCGGACCUCACGGUCAGAGAAGGAAGACACAUCACGGAAGAUACGUCAUCUGGUUGCG